CCGCCCGUCAUCACACCCACACAGGCACGCACGCACGCACGCACUCGCGAUUUGCACCACGAAGUCGCCAGUGCCGCCGAGAGAGAGACCGUCCACUCCGCCGCGGCCCGCUUCCACGAGAUCCGCCACACCGCUGCCGAGAUCCAUUACGCCGCAGCCGCCGAGCACCACCGCUACUUCAGAGGCGGGGGAGGCGGAGCCCGGCACCACUACCGCAGAACAGAGAGGGGAGCAGAAAAAUCCAAUCCGCCUUCCCCAUCCCCUCGUUUUCUUCGCCGGGCCGGCGGCAAGGUGCGCACCCCCACCCCAACCUCUCGCAAUCCAUCGUACAAUGGCGGCGCCCGUGUCCGCCCUGGAGUCCGCUUGGCAGCUGGUGACCGCCAACUUCACCGAGUUCCAGCUCGCCACCGUCAUCACCUUCCUGAUCCACGAGACCGUCUUCUUCCUCUCCGGCCUCCCCUCCCUCCUCUUCGAGCGAUUCGGCCUCUUCGCCAAGUACAAGAUCCAGAAGAAGAGCAACACCUCUGCUUAUCAAAACAGAUGUGUCCUGCGUCUCAUUCUCUACCAUGUCUGUGUGAACUUGCCUGUCAUGAUUUUCUCCUACCCUGCCUUCAAAUUCAUGGGCCUUAGGAGCUCUCUUCCUCUGCCACACUGGACUGUUGUUGUAUCUCAAGUUCUUUUCUAUUUUGUACUCGAGGAUUUUAUAUUCUAUUGGGGGCACCGGGCACUGCACACCAAAUGGCUAUACAAGCAUGUCCACAGUGUCCACCACGAAUAUGCUACACCCUUUGGGUUAACUUCUGAAUAUGCCCACCCUGCUGAAAUUUUGUUCCUGGGAUUUGCCACGGUUGUUGGUCCUGCUCUUACUGGCCCUCAUUUGUUCACCCUAUGGCUUUGGAUGGUGCUGAGGGUAUUGGAGACAGUUGAAGCUCACAGUGGCUACCACUUCCCAUGGAGCCCAUCAAAUUUCCUGCCACUGUAUGGUGGCUCGGACUUCCAUGACUACCAUCACCGUGUGCUGUACACCAAGUCAGGGAACUAUGCCUCGACUUUUGUUUACAUGGACUGGUUGUUUGGGACGGACAAGGAUUACCGCAAGGCAAAGGCCGUUGAGGAGAAGGAAGGGAAGAACCUGUAAAUUGCGAGAGCUGCUGCAGCGCUGGUAGCUGGACACCAUCCAGAGAAUUUGCUGAUUGGGACUGCAUAUAUGUGUGUACGGCUAGCCUGUUGAAUCAAAUUACCAUCACGUACAGUACAAUUAAAGUGGUAUGCAUGGCCACUGUGCAGCAACUCUCCGUUUAUAAUUGCGUGCUUGAUCCUUCUUAUAAUUAACUCAAACUGCUUCAAUUUGUUUGCUGCUAGUUCUUCUGCAUAUAAUGUUAAUGUCACUUGUUCCAAGCAGGCAUCUUUGUCAGACCUAGUUAUGGUACAUGUGUAUCUGAUAAAUGUACUGGUCUACUGGGCUUGGCAGAGAAACAAUGUGUUGCAGAACCCAUCCAUUCAAAGAGUAUUGAUUUUGUACA